CCUCUCUCUCUUUUCCUCUCUCUUUUUUAUUCUUUACUCUUAUACCCUUCUCAUAAAAAUAAAGUAAAGACUGUAUCGUAGUUUGUUUAAACAAGUUUGUUUAAUCAACACGUAUAUAAGGAAUGAAUUCAGAUAGUGGUUCCAAGAAUAUUCAUGUCUUUCGUGUUAACCGUCUUGUCAGAAAUAAGGAACAGAGUCCUCAACAACAAAAGGCUACUUCUGUGAAUACUCGGACAAGUCUAUCAGCCGAGACAAAACGAUGGAUAUGCGAGGAUCAUAUAAAUAAUCCAAAAUAUACCCAAGAAGCACUCGCUUCAAAGUAUGGUUGUAAAAGAACCACUGUGGCAAAGGUAAAUCUUACAAUACUUUAUUGCCCUAAUUAAAUAUAUUAGAUUAUCAAAUCAAAAGAACGCUGGCUUUCUAUAGAUAGUAAUGCUGCAGUUGCAAAGCGAUAUCGACAACGUAGU